CCAUGGAAGAAAACCACCACUGGCCCAUCUGUCAAUCAAACCAACCUUGUUUUUGUUUUUGUUUUUGUUUAUCAAAUUCCUAAAUGGGGACCCAAUGCAAAGCAGAGCCACUAAUUUUAUUAUACCCUUUGGAAAAUAGCUAUAUAGGUUCUCUUCUCUUGUUCUAGUUUCAAAAUCUUUGUAUGUUUUUCAAAACAAGCCACCAUAGACUUGUAGUUUCCAAAAACAGAACACAUUUGGGAGUGUUUUUGAAAUGGGUUUGAUGGGUGAGAACCUAACACAGAUUGUGAUACCUGUGGCUGCUUUAGUGGGGAUUGUGUUUGCUUUGUUUCAGUGGUUUUUGGUGUCAAAGGUGAGGGUAAUUGGGUCUGGUUUGGAUGGAUAUAAGGACAGGUUGAUCGAAGAAGAUGAACCAGAGGAGGGUAUUGACUCUGAGGAGGCUGUUGCCAAGUGUGCUGAGAUUCAAAAUGCCAUUUCUGUUGGAGCAACAUCAUUUCUAUUUACUCAAUACAAGUACCUUAGCAUCUUCACGGUUGUGUUUGGUGCUAUCAUGUUCAUUUUCCUUGGAUCGGUUAAUGGAUUUAGCACCAAAAGUGAACCGUGCACAUAUAAUCAAGGAAACCUUUGUAAACCUGCCCUUGCCAAUGCCAUCUUUACCACAAUUGCCUUCUUGCUCGGUGCUCUCACUUCUGUACUCUCCGGUUUUCUUGGAAUGAAAAUCGCAACCUAUGCUAAUGCCAGAACCACUUUAGAAGCAAGGAAGGGUGUCGGGACAGCAUUUAUAACAGCUUUUCGCUCUGGUGCGGUGAUGGGAUUCCUUCUAGCUGCCAAUGGCCUUUUGGUUCUUUAUGUCACUAUCAAUCUUUUUAAACUCUACUAUGGGGAUGAUUGGGAGGGACUUUAUGAAUCUAUAACCGGUUAUGGUCUUGGGGGUUCUUCAAUGGCGCUAUUUGGCAGAGUUGGAGGAGGUAUAUACACGAAAGCAGCUGAUGUUGGUGCUGACCUUGUCGGGAAAGUUGAACGAAAUAUCCCAGAAGAUGAUCCGCGUAACCCAGCUGUUAUUGCAGAUAAUGUGGGUGACAAUGUAGGAGACAUUGCUGGGAUGGGUUCAGACCUUUUUGGCUCAUAUGCUGAAUCAUCAUGUGCCGCACUCUUCGUUGCAUCAAUAUCAUCGAUCGGUAUCAGUCAUAAUUACACGGCUAUGUCUUAUCCUCUGAUUAUAAGCUCGAUGGGGAUUGUGGUUUGCUUGAUAACUACACUAUUUGCAACUGACAUUUUGAAAAUUAAGAAUGUCAGUGAGAUCGAACCAUCCUUGAAGCGACAACUUCUUAUCUCAACAGUCCUGAUGACUGCUGGAAUUGCCAUAGUUACCUUUAUAGCUUUACCAUCAGAGUUCACCCUCUAUGACUUUGGGACCGAGAAGCUCGUAAAGAACUGGCACCUCUUUUUAUGUGUUUCCAUUGGCUUGUGGGCUGGCCUAGCAAUUGGAUAUACUACUGAGUAUUACACUAGCAAUGCUUACAGUCCAGUGCAAGAUGUGGCAGAUUCUUGCAGGACUGGUGCAGCAACAAAUGUGAUAUUUGGUUUGGCGUUGGGAUACAAAUCUGUCAUUAUUCCCAUAUUUGCUAUAUCUAUCGCGAUCUAUGUGAGCUUCAGCUUGGCUGCUAUGUAUGGAAUUGCAGUGGCCGCUCUUGGGAUGCUUAGCACUAUUGCCACCGGGCUGGCAAUUGAUGCUUAUGGACCCAUAAGUGACAAUGCUGGUGGUAUUGCAGAGAUGGCUGGAAUGAGCCACAAGAUACGAGAAAGAACAGAUGCUUUGGAUGCUGCUGGAAACACUACGGCUGCGAUUGGCAAGGGUUUUGCAAUCGGAUCAGCUGCUCUAGUUUCUCUUGCUUUGUUUGGUGCCUUUGUGAGCAGAGCCGGAAUCAAAACUGUUGAUGUGUUGACUCCAAAGGUCUUCAUCGGGUUGAUGGUGGGGGCCAUGCUUCCAUACUGGUUUUCAGCAAUGACAAUGAAGAGUGUGGGAAGUGCAGCCUUGAAAAUGGUUGAAGAGGUUCGUCGACAGUUCAAUGAUAUUCCAGGUCUUAUGGAAGGAACAGCAAAGCCAGACUAUGCGACUUGUGUCAAGAUUUCAACUGAUGCUUCACUCAAGGCAAUGAUCCCACCCGGCGCUCUUGUUAUGCUCACACCACUGAUUGCUGGAACCCUUUUUGGAGUGGAAACGCUUGCUGGCGUACUUGCUGGCUCGCUUGUUUCUGGCGUGCAGGUUGCUAUCUCGGCUUCUAACACAGGCGGGGCAUGGGAUAAUGCAAAGAAGUACAUAGAGGCUGGAGCUACUGAGCAUGCUCGUAUGCUCGGUCCCAAAGGAUCAGAUGCACACAAGGCUGCUGUCAUAGGAGACACAGUUGGAGACCCCCUCAAGGACACUUCGGGUCCUUCCCUCAAUAUCCUUAUCAAGCUCAUGGCUGUCGAAUCAUUGGUUUUCGCUCCAUUCUUCGCUGCUCAUGGUGGUUUACUCUUCAAAUUGUUCUGAGAUAUCAGUACUAUUAUGCAACCAUCCUUCUGCUAAUGGAUAUGGGCAUGUUAAUUUUGUUCAGUAAUGAGGUUAAAAAAAAACCAAAAACAAAAACAUAGCAUAUAGUUUGAAUUCUAGUUUUAAAUUGAUGUAAUUGGGAAAUUAUAGAAUGUUUCCAGAGAAUCACGUGUUUGUACUCAUUAAUCAAUUAUCAUUCAAUA